AUGAGUGAUUUACAAAAGAGUAGAGAUGAUGGUGCCAGAAUCUUCAUUGAUGAUGAUCGUUUAAACCAAUUACUUGAAAGAGCCCAGGAAAUCAUUUCAAAAGAUAACACCGAAGUACCAACAUUCUGGACUACCAAGUAUAAGAAAGAAGCUGCUAAAAAUUGGGAUCUCUUUUACAAACGUAACACCACAAAGUUUUUCAAAGAUCGCCACUGGACCGAUCGUGAAUUCCCAGAACUUGCAGAUCAAUCUAAAAAACAAAAGUGUUUAGAAGUAGGAUGUGGUGUGGGUAACUUUGUUUUCCCCUUAUUAGCCGACAAUCCAUCACUUUUCAUGUAUGCUUGUGAUUUUUCUAAACGUGCGGUUGAUAUGGUUAAGGGAAAUGAAAGUUACGAUGAAUCACGCUGCAAAGCUUUUGUAUGUGAUCUCACUGCUGACAAACUGACAGAUAAUAUCCCUGAAAACAGUCUUGAUUUGGUUUCGGCUAUCUUUGUCUUUUCAGCCAUUCCCCCCGAGAAAAUGGAUAUUGCCAUUAGAAAUGUGAUGAGUGUAUUGAAGCCCGGAGGACAUGUUAUCUUUCGUGAUUAUGGAAUCUACGAUGAAGCGCAGAUUAAAUUCAGCAAAACCUCGGAUAAGCGUUUAGAGAAUAACUUUUAUGUGCGACACGACGGCACAAUGAGUUACUUUUUCUCCAAGGAAGAAUUACAAGCUAGAUUUGAAGCUGAAGGAUUCAAGACAAAGGAAUGCUUGUAUGUAUACCGUGAGACAACAAAUCGAAGUUUAGAAAUGAGAAUCGAUAGAAUUUUUGUCCAAGGCAAAUUUGAAAAGCCAUUAUAA